UUUGUAGCGGCUCAAGCCAUUGAAGUCCAAGACAAGCCAAGUCAUCCGGCCAUGGGUCGACGGGUUCUUGUUGUGGUCCUCCCUCCCGUGGCUGUGGCAGAUCUUAGCAUUCCCUGGCAAGAAGGCUGUGCUUUGCGGGAAGGUUUCGACCUGACCAGCAGCUGCGGCAAGCCAGCUGCGCUGGAACUCAUCCAAGACUGUGAAACGCAGCAAGAGACAGCUUGCGUGAAGAAGAUGUCCCGCAACGAGGUUCUGUUGAGCGCCUCAAGCAGAAUCGAGUCGUUCCAGCAACUUAGCACCUUGCUGGAGAAAACCUCGAGCUUUUCAGGCGGUGGCUGGGGAAAGACAGCUUCAGCAACGGCGCAGAUGAUCCAGCACAGUGCGUCCAGUGACUAUUCGAUGAGUUUCCUGUCUCUCAUGUUUGGCCUGGCAAGUGAGGAGACAAUCGAACACACCCAAAAAUUAAGGCUCACAUCCCCAGCGCGGGAGAAAUUGAAAUCGGACCCUCGAGAGUUCUUAGAGCUCUAUGGUUCCAGAUUUGUGAGUUCCAUCCUCUUUGGCUUUGAAUUUGGUGGAGCGGCUUCCUUAACGGCAAGGAGCCACACAGGCAGCAAAAGCCUAGAGGCCUUUGCCAGCUUCCAGAGUGAGGGUAUCUUCAGCGGCUCUGCAUCGGCAUCAUUCCUGAGCGAGUAUAGGAAGCACGAGACCACUCUGUCGCUCGCGUGUGAUGCACGCUUCUCAGGAGGCAGGGAUGUUCCGAUUGGACCCUACCAGACGCCUCAGGAUCUGGUACAGGCAAUGGGGCAGUGGAACCAAACACGGACCAUAUCCCCAGUGAGGGUGAUGAUGAUCACCAACGGGUGGAUGGUGUUGGAGGAAGUGCAGCAGAUCCUCAGCAAUGCCACUCCCGAAGUGUUGGAACUCUUCACCACAGACAAUGUGGCAAGUACGGCAUUGCAGCGGAUUUCCAAAGAAUAUGCCGAGCUGAAGUACUUGCAACAGAGUGCACUUGUUGCUCUUGAUUGGCCCCGUGUCCAACAUGACAGGUCGCUGGAGCUUCGCAAGGAGCUUGAUGGAGUCCGCGAUCAAUUAGACACGCGCCUCACACAAAUGGAGACCUUCAAUGAGGCAGACUUCCGCACGCGGGAGUCUGAGAUUCACCAGGGAGACUAUUCCUGGUUCAAAGCCAGGAGCUUCAAAGAUCAGCUUGAUGCUUUAAUGAGGAAGUUGCCUGAAUGUGUUGAGGAUGCUGAGUGUCGAUCUGAGACCCAGCUUUGCGCGCAAGAGUCUGUUUGCGUGGAAGGAGAGUGGGAGACUUUGUGGGUUCGCAAGUCCAAAACCUUGGCGAAUGGCAGAUCUUCUACCGACUCCCACACUUUCCUCACUGUUGCUCCUGCUGAGCACAAAGAUUGGAAGCAGCCCCUGGAGUCAAUGAAGGCAAAGUGUGUGGAAAAUGCAGGAUGUGUUGCCUUUUGCAACAACCCUGAUGAUUGGAGCUUCUUCUACAGUAUCACCAACCAGGGUGAGCAGAACCGGGGCCAACAUGGUCAGGGGUGGUCGUGCUUCGUCAAGCCAUCCCACUCAUGGCGGCCCUUGCAACACAGUGUCACCUCCUACUUGGCAAACCCACCGGCAGCUCAACCGCCCCAGUGGAAGAUCACCUUGGAAGCUGCCAAGGACUUGUGCAAGGAGAAGCAGUGCAAGGCGCUGGAACCCUGCUGA